CUGAAACGUGUGAUGCAAUUAUUGCUGCUUAAAAUAAUGUGGACUGUCGUGGAUGUGGCGGAUGUGGCGGCGACGCCUUGGAAGAAUGGCGGAGGAGUGACACGCCAGCUCGUGGCAUGGCCAUCCGCCGCUACUGAGUGGAUUGUGCGAGUUAGCAUCGCUGACGUCGAGCACGACGGACCGUUCUCUUUGUUUGAAGGCAUCCGACGGUGGUUUGGGGUUCUCGAAGGCGUCGGCGUGCGUCUGUUUGAGUCGAUCGAUGUCGUUGUAGGCGAUGCCUUGUACGAGUUUGACGGUGCGUUGGCACCUUCUUGUUCCCUUCUGGACGGACGCCGCGUUCGCGACUUCAACAUCAUGCUUCGGGAAGGUCCAGGUCGAAAACUCUACGUUGUCGAUGCCAAGGCCAGUCCCGCGUUGACUGUUGGCGCAUCGACGCAAUGGGUGGGACUGUUUACCGUGGAUGGAGGACUGUUAAGACAGCAAGGUCCUUCUGACGUGACGACGGUGGAACUGCCCAAGAUGGGUUUGGCAUGGCUGGACAAUGUGCACGACUUGUCAUUGUACGCAAUGGUUGGCGCAGGCAGUGGAGUCGCCUACUGGUUGGUGCUACAACUGCCAUAAGCUGUGUGUACUAGGGUGAUCAAAAAAAUAAUGUGCCAUGUUACUGAAAGAUCAUCGAAGUACGGCUGAAACAACAGCAAGGUGCAUAUUGCGUGGCAGUUUGUAGCGCUUGCACAUCGACCAAAUAAUAAUGACUUGUUAAUGAUUCGCAAGGUGAGC